GUUAUAAAACACAACGGUACCCCGUACAUAUAACCUAUAGUAAAUCGAUAAAGUCUUUCUCGUUGCACUUGAACACUCACACAUGUUGGCAUACUAUACUCCUAGAAGUAUAUGUCAAUUUCUGCCCAUGGUCACAUGACUGGAGCUCUGUGGAAUGGAUGGAGAUGUAUCUCCACGUCACCUCACGUCUCAAAAUUUCUGCUCUGCGAUUCAGCUCCAAACCCACUAGAGCUCAGCUCGGCACAACGAUGUGAAGCAGGACGUGGAGAUGCCAACAGAUUAUGGAUUAUGAUGAGCGGGUAUCCGUUGGGUCUAAUAUGUAUUUGCCUAGCUGCACUUAUUACGUCUCCGGCACGGACCUCUCCAGGCUUCCUCCCUUUCUGCCCCAGACCCCGUCUUCUUGCCCCAUGACAUACUCGUACUCUUCGUCUAAUCUCCCCCAAGUUCAGUCCGUAAGAGAGGUAACAUUUAGAGACUAUGCUCUUGACGCUUCCAGCAAGUGGCACCAUCGGGGAAAUAUGCCGCACUGCUACGCGGCAGAAGAUAUGGUACACAGAGACUGCUUGUCUAACCCAGGAACUUUAGGAGACAUGUUCUCGAAAAACAACUCGGUUGUUUACCACUCUGAUCCUCGCCACACAGCCACCGUGUACGGCAGCGUGGGGAGGAACGGAGUAUUGCCCCAAGCCUUCGACCAGUUUUUCGAGACAGCCUACGGGAGCUCAGAGAAUCACGCCGCCGAUCAAGCGACGAGCAGGACCGCUACCAAAGCUCCUCCGGUCGCAGUGUCGGUGUCCGUCUCCGAGCCGUGUCGCGAGACGGAGACAGAUCGCCGUGAGGAGCCAAGUAGCCCAGAAUCGUCUUCCGGUAACAACGAAGAAAAAUACCCCAGUACCACUGGACAGAAAACACGCAAAAAGAGAUGCCCCUACUCCAAGUACCAAAUCAGGGAACUGGAAAGAGAGUUUUUUUUCAGUGUUUACAUAAACAAAGAAAAAAGGUUACAGCUCUCCAGGAUGCUUAACCUCACCGACCGUCAAGUCAAAAUCUGGUUUCAAAACAGGAGGAUGAAAGAAAAGAAGUUAAACAGGGACCGUUUACAAUACUAUUCUACGACCCCUUUGCUGUAGAGAAACUGGAUCUCGUGAAAUGUACCCUGGCAUGGUUAAUUUCAAGUUCGGCUGCACAUUCCCGGAGCGAGCGGAUCUGAAGUGCUAUUCAUCUGAACCUCAUUUCACCAUAUAACCUAUUGUCUGCGUGAUUAUUAUUAUUACUUCCUCGCCAUUCACUCCUCAUUCUCAAACAAAUGUUACAGGGUUUUUGGUAUUAUGUAAUUUUAUUUUAUUGAUCAAGGUGUGUACUUUAUGCAUAUUUAUAAAUGUGGCAAUAUACAGGCCUACUUUUCAUAAAUAAUGUACGUUAUUUCGUGGGCUGAGUCUUCCUGGAGGAGGGCAGGAUUUAAAUCUCCAGAAAGUGUCAUGUAGUCUUAAGAUCGCUUCUUGGUUAUGGCAUUAUAUUGGCUACAUUUCUUUAAAUAAUGCACGCACAAUUCACGAGAUGUAAUUCAUCUGUUUAAUGUUUCUGUUUCACCAAGAAACACGGUUGGAUUUAAACGGAUGUUCUAUUACUUGAAUUUUUUUUUUUUGUGGUACCAGGCCUUUUCACAAAGGUUUAAAAUUUGAUGUUGGAGGGUGUCUUGCAGUGUUUUGAUGUACACAAACGUGUAAGAACAAUGAGACGUCUGUGAAGAACACAGUGACUUAAAAGCAAUAGAGGACACUAUUUAAGACACCACCAAAAUAUAUAUAUAUAUAAAAAAUUCAAUAUAUGUUUGAAGUGUCGUAGUAUUUCUCAUUUUUGCAUAUAGCCUAUGUGAUCAGUAGGCUGCAGGAACAUAUCGUUUGUAUGACUUUGACAUCGUUGUAUAAAUCGACCUCUUAAAACACAACCUGCUCUUUUUUGUUCUCCUUGUGUAGGAUCAAAUGUUUGAUGGAUAUUUUUUUAUUGCAUCCAAGCUUUUAAAUUGAUUCGGAGAUCAAAUAGCUGCCAUCAUUAAUGCCUCGUAUCCAUUACGGAACUGCCAAAAACAUGGCCAUAGACGUCUCAGUGAAUCAAAUCGGCCCUAAAACCUACUUUCUCCAGUUUCGACCUCCCAGAUAACGUAAUGUAAGCUGACAACACUUUGAAAUCUAGAAAACAAUGCAAUUGUACAGCAAUAAAAAAUGGCUGCC